UUCAAGGUAGAAGCUCUGAGUUCAAGACUCAGCUCCUGCGCUCGCUUGCUGUGAGAUUUUGGAAAGAAGAAGAGCCGGCCCAUCCGAAAGGACGUCUGCGCCGGAACUGAGCACCCACGAGGUCACCUUGAAGGGCCUGCAGAGGAAUCUGAGUCCUGGUGGCCUUAGGCAGCCGCAUUACUGGAUCGAGAUGACCACAGCCACCCCUUUGGGGGGUACUACGUUCUUCUCAUUGAACGUGACCACCAGAGAAGACUUCCUGUACAAGAGUUCCGGAGCCAUCGUUGCUGCCAUUGUGGUAGUUGUCAUCAUCAUCUUCGCCGUGGUUCUGAUCCUGCUAAAGAUGUACAACAGGAAAAUGAGGACGAGGCGGGAGCUGGAGCCCAAGGGGCCCAAGCCAGCCUCGCCUUCUGCCUUGGGCCCAAACAACAACAACAGCAGCCAGCACCCUGCAACUGUGACCUUCAGCCCCGUUGACGUCCACGUGGAGACUCGGUGACUGCCCGCGCAUGCUGGUGCUAUCUUGGCCACCGUCCAAAGAGCCUUCUUCAGUCAAGAUCCAGAAGCACAUUUCUCCUCUGGCAGCUUCACUAUGAGUUCCUUCCAGGAUUGGGUCAACGGGAACAUCUCUUAUGCAAUUCCUGAUGCUUCAGGCAACCCCCAACCCUGUCUUGCCCUGCCCCACCCUAGCUAUAUCCAUGUCCCUGGUGCCACCCUUCCAAAAGGCUGUGGAAGAUUCUGUUGUGAUCUGAUGAGGUAGAGCUAUGUUAGGAAUCCACUGAAGCGGGUGUGGCUCUCUCCCCCAAGCACAACUGCUAGACAGACAGACAGCCCAGGAGUCUUCUGGUCAGGAGUCAGGGGUCAGCACAUGCUCCCAAGAGUUAUCACAACAGGGUCUGCCACUGGGGUCCUAUCAGAAUAAGUGCUAUAGCCAUAUCUUUGCAGAGCCAAGUGCUCAAUCCCAUUAAUCAGGCACAGGGGAAAUAACUUGGGCUAACUAACCAAAAAACCAACUUGUUAAUGUAGGACUUGUUCUGGUACUAGAUGACCGCUAGCUAGCUUAUGACGACAACCAGUCAGCAGAUUUUGGUUGGGGGAGAAACAAUUCUCCUCAAAAGUUUUCUAUUUCAUUAGCAAAGAGAGGUGAAGGAAUAGGAUGACCUUGAGGAAUGAUGGCCUCUGGGGUCAAAGCUUAUUGCAGUGUCCGUGGUCCUUGAAUGAGUCUGGAGCUAGUCAGAGCCCCUCCUCUCCCUUUGGGGCGGGAUUAAGCCUGACUCAGUCUCAUUUCUUGGCUUCCCUCUGGUUUCUGAGCAAUCCUCUCUCUCCAGGUAACAUUUCCCUCCAAGGACCAGUAUUAGAGACUGAUCAGAUGACAAUCCUGUUUAUGUCACCUGGGUCCUUCCUGAUAACCUCACAGAGAUUCAGGGCACAUUCAAAGUAUGACAUUUGCAAACCAUUUCUCUCUUUGACUCCUUAGCCUGGAGAACAAUCUACUGAGAGGGGAGCCAUUUUGAAAUUAAGACUUGCCUUCCAAGCCCUACCUCCUGGUUGUGUGGUCUUGGCAGAGUGAUGCGAGCGCUCCAUAUUGGGUUGGCUAACCACGAAGUGGGGAUGAUGACCUCUGCCUCACAAGCUUACUUUAACUAGUCAAGGACUUAGUAGAGCAGCUCGGGGAGUGCCUGGCACUCAGCAGAUGCUUAAUAAAUGAGAGCCAGCAUUAUUGUUACAGUAUUUCUUCAAUGGCAAGACAUAUUUAUUCACAUUUUAAAGAUUCUGAAAUCAGGAUAUGUCUUCAAAUUGAUGGGUCCAUUAAUGUAGUAUUUUUUUUCUCUCUCAAAAAGCUGUUUUUAAUCAGUUGCACACCUUACAAUUAAAGGCAUCUUGGAAACAAGGUCAUAAAUCUUUACUCUGUUGCAGAAAGUGACACACUCCGACAUUUAACCUCAAAUUCUAAGAGUCUCUUCCUCUUGGAAUCAGAAAUCUCUUCUGAGGGGAAACUGAGGGUCAGGAAGGUAAGAAGACUGACCCAGGGUCACAGAGUCAUGUCAUCCCACUAUAAAAAUGCUCGCUUGGAUACGUCUGGAAAAAUACUGGCAAAUACUUCCUACCCCAAACAUCUUUUCUCCCUACUGUGUUUAAAUAUCUACCAAGUAUCAGGUGCUUGGCAAGAUGCUUUCAUGCAAAUUAUCUCAUAGGAUUUAUUUUUCCAAUAACCCUGGAAGGAAUUAUGUUUUCUGUUUGCAGCUGCAAGUUGCAGAUUCAGAGAGAAAAGGACUUGUCCACAGCCACACAGCUAGUUAACUUGCAAAGACGAGACUCAAACCCACGGCUCUUUGAACCCAAAGUCCCUCUCUCUGUUGUACCACAUUCUUCUUUAACAUCCUGGCUCAGAGAACAUGAGUUUCUUUUGUGGGCCGAACAUGUGUCUGAGCAAAGGCCCCUGUAUCUCAGCAGAGGUCAGGAGUCUAGCUUCCAAAUUGACAGUAUGGGGCAAAGCCACUUUGGUAGCCUCCUCUGGGCUCCCAUGACUGGAGCCAAAGGCCCCCUCUCUGAGCCCAUCAAAGCUCUAAGGAUUCCUCUUUCAUUUCCCAUAAGUCUAAUCCCCAGGGAGCAAAGGGUGAAAUGGCAUCCAACCAGGAAAAGCUAUUUCCUGAAGGACUCAAAUCCCAAAUAGAUAUGUUUCCAAAAAAUUGUUCUGCUUUAAAAAAAGAAAAAAAAAUUUUUUUGGAAUGUUCCAGCCCUAAAACCAAACUCUUCUGCCCAUACUGGAAUCUUCCUGGAAUUAUUAGAGGAAUUAUUCUCUGUUAUAUGUUCUUUUGCUAAAUGAAAGCUUGGAAGUGGAGGAGGGGAGAGAGAGAGAGGUGAGGGGAGGCCAAGAAAGGGGUUCUAGUGUUUUAUUUUUAACUAAUGAAGAUAACUCAGUAAACAUCCUUUGAGGGCACCUAUGUGCUAGGUGAGGUGCUACUAAACACACUGUCACUGUCCCCACUCUCAAGGAGGCUGCAGCUGGUCUCCUGGGACAGGGGCCUUGCAACACGGGAAUAUUUCAUUUCUGACAGGUGCCUUUCCUAACUGAGCAGAUGCUGCCUUA